AUGAGCGGCGGCGCGAGCUACGCGUCCAAGCACGACCUCGAGGCGCGCGAGGCGCAGUGGUACGGCGGCAAGCCCGGCGGGUCGACGAUGUCGAGCAGCUACGGGUCGCCGGGCUUCGCCGGGAGCAGCCCGGGCCCGAAGAAGUACGGCGGCGGCGGCGGCGACGGCGGCUUGACGCUGCCGCCGCUCGGCAAGACGGGCAAGCUCAGCGAGUCCGCGGCCAUGGAGAUGGAGGCCGUGCGGCUGCGCAUGCAGGAGCAGCGCGACGCCACGGAGUCCAUGAUCGAGCGCCUCAUGAUCGCCCACGAGGAGGCGCGGCGCGAGCGCGAGUCGCUCGUCAUGGAGCUCGCGUCCAUGUCCGCCGACAGCGGGCGGAAGCUGCUCAUCAAGAUCAUCACGCGCAUGUGCCGCAUGCAGCUCGUCGUCGCCUGGCAGGCCUGGCACGGCAACACGGCCCAGUUCUCGAAGAUGCAGCUCCAGGACGAGGCCAAGGCCCUCAAGCACGAGCUCAAGGACCUCGUGGGCCGCAUCGACGAGGCGAAGCGCGACGUCGACCUCCGGCGCCAGCAGAUCGCCGACUACAACUUCAAGAACGCGUCCAAGGAGCAGCGGGCGCUGCUCCUCAAGAUCUUCGGGCGCAUGUGCGGCCAGAAGAGCCGCGAGUCCUUCACGGUCUGGAAGGACGCGAUGGAGGAGUUCCGCCGCAAGUACACGCUCACGCUCCGCAUGCUCACGCGCCUCGCCAACUCCCACCUCCUCGGCGGCUGGAAGAAGUGGUACUACGAGACCUUCCUCAAGUCGAAGAUGACUUUGGACGAGACGAUCAAGACGCUCCACUACGAGGUCGGCAAGGCCAAGGUCGCGUACGACCGCGCGGAGAAGCAUUUGGAGAAGAUCGUCGGCGAGAUCACGAAGCUGAUGAUCGCCAACGCGUCGCCGAAGCAGAAGGCGCUGAUGAUCAAGAUUUUGACGAAGGCCUGCACGCUCCUCACGCGCUGGGGCAUCAUGAAGUGGAAGAAGCAGAACAAUUUGUUCAAGUACGCGCGGAAGACGAUGGGCAUGAUCCUGAGCCGCCUCAUGAACAGCGAGCUCAACUACGGCUUCCGCAAGUGGCACAUGGUCUGCAUCAAGAUGACGGAGACCGCCGGCGAGCUCGUCGUCGCCAAGCUGAAAAACCAGAUCGCGACCCUGAAAGGGCACCACGACGCGUCCGCGCUGCGCAUCGAGGAGAUGGGCGGCAACGUGCGCAAGAUGCGCGAGUCCGUGACGCUGCGACACAGCGCCAUGUCGCAGAUCGCCCAGGGCGCCGAGGAGGUCGACCUCGAGAUCAAGCUCCUCAUCGCGGAGUGCCGCGGCGACGCGAAAACGAUCGCCGCGCAGGCGCGGGCCAAGGCCGACGCCGAGGCCGCCGCGCGCGGCGAGGCGCCCCGCGGCGGCGGCGGCGGCGGCGGCGGGGCCCGCGGCGGCGGCGGGCCCGCGGCGGCGGAGUCCGUCGACGCGAACACGCGCGCGCACCUCCUCGUCUUCCUCCAGAACCUGGACCACGCGCAGCCCCACGACACGAUCGGCGCGCUCGCGACGCACCCGGGCCUGCCCAAGCACAAGAAGUGGCUCAAGGAGUACGUGCUCUUGGGGAACCAGCAGGUCGCCGCCGCCAUCCGCGCCUACGAGUUCACCCUCGACACCGACGACUUCAUCGAGAGCCUCGGCAUCAUCAAGCAGCAGGUCUGCCCCUGA